GUACUAUAAGCACAUUUUCCCGGCUCCCUUCCACUGCUCAAAGCACGAAAAUCAUUUAGGAUGUUUCAAUCGGUAGCGAGGUACACCAAUGAUGCAGGUAUUUCGCACCUCUCCAACACGGCUCCCCAAGGCCGAGUUCUUCAGCGCGUGUAGCGAAAGCUCAGACCUGGACCUCCAAUUUACUGAUCUUCCAUGUUGUCGACCUGUACAGCUGGCAUUGAGAAGGCCUUGAAACUCGUCCAGUCCUUUUCUCAAGUCGCCGAAGUCAUUGUUGCCUCGACACCCAAAGAAGUCGCGCAGUGGGCGACUGCCAAAGACCAAGCAAAUAUCGCCCGCCGUUUCUUCCGAUUGUUCAAAUGGAUCGACUGCUGGACGACGUCUUACAAUCUAUUCCAAGCAUACACAGGACCCAAGCAAAUUGCCAGAGAUGAUAAAGGGAGGACCAUAGAACAAACGCGAAGGGAAGCCGACGGUGAUUCCGUCAGAGUUUUACUCACGAUCGCAAAGCUCUCGCUCCUGGGCAUUUUCUUGUUCAUGGAGAUGUUCUGCAUUGCCGACGCAAUGCACAUCACGCACAACAGCUGGGCGCCGACAUUGCAGAUCGAGUCGCUCAAAUUCUGGUUCUGGUCUCUCGCCGCAUCUGCCUUGCUGGGCCUUUACGAGUUGUUCUUACUCGAUUUCGGCCCGGCGGCGACGGCGCAGACCCCGAUGAGCGAGAAGACCCAGCAGGUCAAAGUCACUGUCAAGGCCGACGGCAAGAAGGAAAGAUCCACAUUGGUCGAAACAACAAAGACCGUACCUCAGGGUCCGAGUCGAGCCAGCAGGCGACAGGCUAUACUCAAGGGCAUUGUGGCAGAUGUAUGCGACAUGCUCAUCCCCGGUGACAUUGUUGGUUGGAUGCCGCUUGGCCCAGUGCCAGUCGGUAUUGCCGGCUCGAUCAGCGCUGUGCUCGGCGGAUCGGAUAUUUGGGCACGCGUCAAUCCUUGACCACUUCCAUGAAAAGACAAGUGCAAAGGAAGGGACUUGGGGCAGGACAAGGAAUCGCAUGCCAAACCCCCGAACACCUUGCACCUGAUGGUCGACGCGGGCCCUAAAUCGACCUAAUGCCUAACGAGAGCAGCAUGGGCGUGCUGUGUGGCCCCCUUGGAGAAUAUGCAAUGCAGCUGUCCAGGGUAAUAGGCAUCGGUAGGGCAGCGGCGCCGUUGUGUAUGCACACUAUCUCAGGGCGCAGCCAGUCGCAUGCUGGUGGUGCCAGGGCACGCUGCCUCUUCCACCGGCGCGAAAACCCCCUCCUCCAGUUAGGCUCUGAUGGGUUCUAAGUUACCUACGACCUGACCUGACCCCUGGCACCGCGAGUCCCACGCUGGGUACGCACGUCAUACAUACUUCCCCCAUUGCCGACCAAGAAGAAUUGUCAAGGUCCUGAUCCCUGCCACAUGUCUGGAUACGCGUGCAGACAGUCGUUUGCUGUGCUCUACUCUAGCCUUAGGCUCCGGCCUCGCAAGAAAGACCUCCGAGUAGGCACAAGAUAGCAUCCCUGUGCCGAGUACUGGCUAUGCUUUGCGGUGUAGCCCUGAAUCCAACUUCAUCAGGGUUUGGGAGCAGAUCACGAGAAGCACAGGCGCAGUCGCAAGCACGAGACCCCCGAAGCAAGGGCUAAUUUAGCCGCCGUUUUCAGAAUUGCAUCAUGCAAG